UGUUUAUUGUAUUUUGCUUAGUCGCGGUGAAGUUGUCGUUUAGUGCUUUUCAGUCCAAGGUGAAAUUUAUUUGUUAACUAUGAUUAUUAAUACAAGCAAAGCAUCUUUGCUGUGUGCCUCACGUCUACCAGGCGGUAUUCAGUACCUAAAAAAGUACACAGCUAUUCAACCCUUUCACACAAGUGCAAAGGCGCUGAACUGCGCGGCGCCAGCCCCCGCGCUGCCGCUGCCAAAUAAUGUAGACGCCGCGGAGACAACACGCUUUUCCCCGCAACGCACAAGGGACAUUUCGGACAAUAUAAUGGUCAUGUCCCAUGCACCCAUCUCCAUGAUUGAUAUAACCACUGAUAACAGCUUGAGUGUGUCGCAGGACGCUUCGUAUGCGCAGGAUCCACAUAUUCAAUCCUAUGAUUGCUUUGGAGCCGUUAGCCUAAAUAGUGUUAUGCAGAGCAACGUGCCAACUCCGUUUGGCGGCAUGCACAAGUUCUCGCACCUGAACAUGCCCGGGGGCCAGUGGUCUCAAGAGUACAAGUUCACCUCGCAGAACAUGCACAGCUCGCAUUAUCGGGCACUGCGCGACAGCACACGGGCUGAUUGGGUGACCUACGAUCAGAAUGCUACGGUCGCCGGCAGCAGCCAAGGCUUCCGGCGAUGCUACAGCACACAAGCAAAACCAUCACCAGAGCCACCCUUGGUGCCACCAGCGGCACCCGAACCUGUAAAGCCACCUGUAGACGCCGAGCUACAGCCUGAGAAGUUGAGCAAGAAGGAGCAAUUGAAAAAAGCCUUUAAGGAAUACGGCGCAACCAUUGUGGCAUUCCACGUGGGUAUCUCGUUGCUAUCCCUGGGUGGCUUCUACGUGCUCGUCUCCAGCGGAAUAAACAUGAUGCCGGUUCUAGAAUUCCUUGGAAUUGAGUCCUCUGCAAUUGCGGAAAAAAUAGCUGUAGGCAGCACCUUUGUUACAGCGUAUGCUGUUCACAAAGUGUUCGCUCCACUUCGGAUAAGCAUCACGCUGGGCGCCACACCAUUCAUUGUGCGCUUUUUGCGCUCCAAGGGAUUCCUGAAAGCAAAAACCAAAAGCACCUAGUGCCAAAUCAAAAAGCAUAUCUAUUUUAUAUACCACUAUAAUCGCAUAUAUCACACAGACACUUAUACGUUUAAAGCUUAGCUGUGCAUGCCAAUACAAUGUAUUUACAAAGAUUCGAAAGUUAUUUGCCCUAUAAUCAAAUAUAAAUUUUACGAGUU